UCUUCUGAGCAUCGAUUUCUUGUUUCUCUGUUUUUCGGCGUCUUUUUUUUUUUUUUUCGCUUGUCCUUUGAUCCCUCUCUUACUGCCUCAUAUUCACCCUGAUUGCUGAGCUGUGUCAUCUUAAAAUGGACCGUCUCAAGCGUCUUUUCUCUAAAAAGAACAAAGCCAAAGCUCCUCGUGAGCAUUCAUCUAGAUCAUUUGCUAACGUGUGGUGGUCUGUCCCCCAGUCCGAUGACACCAAGGUCUGUGUUGUCAUGGUCGGCCUCCCGGCCAGAGGCAAGAGUCUGAUCGCUGGCAAAGCUUUACGUUACCUGGCUUGGGUUGGUAUCCCUGCUCGCAUCUUCAAUGUGGGCACCUACCGCCGCCAGGAUACCCCUCAGCCAAAUGCAACCUUUUUCGACCCUCGUAACCCGGAGGGCGAACGCAUGCGACGUGCCGCGGCCGAAGCUGCGGUUUCUGACAUGCUGCGUUGGUUCAAGCAAGAAGACGGUAUCGUGGCGAUCUUGGAUGCCACUAACUCUACUCAAGACAGACGUCGCUGGAUUCACGAACGUUGUCUUGCUGCCGGUGUCGAAACUCUCUUCGUGGAAUCCAUUUGUGAUGACGAGGAACUGAUCAUGAAUAAUAUCCUGGAGGUCAAAACCACCUCGCCUGACUACAAGGGCCAGGAUCCCGAGGUCGCGGCCCAGGACUUUCGUAACCGCAUCCGCAAUUAUGAAAUGGCCUACGAGACUAUCGGUGGCUCCGAAAAGUCCUACACCUACGUCAAACUCAUCAACGUCAGUUCCACGGUGAUCAUCAAUCAGAUCAAGGACUAUCUUUCGAGCAGACUGGUGUAUUAUAUCCAGAACCUUCACAUCAAGCCUCGCUCCAUCUGGCUGUCACGUCACGGAGAGUCCGAGUUUAACCUGACCGGAAAAAUUGGAGGUGAUUCAAUGCUGUCCGAGCGUGGCCAGGCGUACUCGCGUGCUCUGCCCGGCCUGCUGAAGAAGUCGGGCGUGCCCCCCAACACCAAGAUUGUCAUCUGGACCUCUACCCUGCGUCGCACCAUUCAGACCGCCAAGCCUCUCGAACAGGAGACUGGGUUUGAAAAGCUUGAGUGGAAGGCUCUGGACGAGCUCGAUUCCGGUGUGUGUGAUGGUCUCACUUAUGAAGAGAUCGCCAAAAUGUAUCCCGAUGAUUUUAUCGCUCGCGACGAAGAUAAGUACAACUAUCGCUACCGCGGGGGCGAGUCUUACCGGGAUGUCGUGAUCCGCCUGGAACCCAUCAUCAUGGAGCUGGAACGCAGCGAGAACGUCAUUAUCGUCACCCACCAGGCCGUGCUGCGUUGCAUCUACUCAUAUUUCCUGAACGUCCCCCAGGAGAAAAGCCCUUGGAUGGAGGUGCCGCUCCACACCCUCAUCAAACUGACUCCUCGUGCCUACGGUACCGAAGAGCAGCGCUUCAAAGCCGAUAUUCCUGCUGUGUCCACUUGGCGCGCCAAGGGCACUUCGGCCAAACACCAGGAGUUCCCAACCGGUGCCACUGCUGCCCACUAAAAAAGGGUUUCUCUCACCGUUACCUAUGAUUCCCCCAUUUUCCGAUCCAAAUGCUCUUUUGACUACCCCCCAACCACCUCGCCGCUCUUCAUUGUUUACAGCUAGCGUGCUUCAUCGCUCCUGCAAGCCGUCCCUACAGACCUCUUGCUUGCCAUAUUUCCGCCAAUGUCUGAUAAUUGU